UGCACGACAGUUGGAACAGUUGCAUAACAGCCGCUGUUUUAGAUCCACGGCGCCAGAUGUUGGUUCGCCCGUGUGUUUCUUAAACAGUGGAUUAUUUUUUUUAUAUUUCACACAGUUAAAUCUGUAAAUGUAUAGUUUCACUUUACUUCACAACCCACAAUGCCAUUCGUUUCUUCUGGGAAAUUCGCAAUUCCUGUUAUACCCGACUCUUCUAUUUUGACCAGUUUGGCAAACGCCAGCAUUUCAAGUGUGCGCCGAAGGGCAACCAAUUGCGACCGAGAGUUACAGCCAUUUUCUAUGCGGUACAAAGGACUGCGGAAGAGUUGCAGUCCCUCCCUCGCUGGGUCCGUAGCUCAGUCAUGAGUCACUUCCCCACCCUUGCCCUAAUAUGGCACAGAGACAAGGAUUGUUUCUCCAGCCGGAGACUGAGAUGGUGGCUGUCUGUAUAAAUACAGUAGCAGCACCAUUAGGAAGCAAAGAACUACAGCCGUAAACACAGAACUGCAGAGGACUGACGACUAGCUGAGCGACUACACUGGUGAUCGUCUGCAUCCAUGGCCGACAAAGAGCAAAUCAAACAGACCGCAGCCAAGGUGCUGGGCUGCGUGGAGAAGAUCUCCUCCUUUGCCUCAUCCAUAGACCCUGUGUUUGGCAUUGUCACUUCCCUGAUCGGUGUGGUGCGGAAGGGUCUGGUGAAGGAUGAGGCGAACGAGCUGGACAAGGACUUCCAACAACUCCAUGACAAGCUGGAAAGCAUCUCGCAGAAGAACAAGCAGACCCUACAGCAGAUCCGUAUCGACGAGGUCAAUGAGACAUUCGGCAAGUAUGAGGAGUUAAUCAAGCACCAGUACAGCGCCCUUAACACCAUGGUGGCGCGCGUCAAGGCAGACCCAGACAACACCAGCCGCUACAUGAAGGACUUUGAGAAGACCUACGAGAGGGACAAGAGCGACAUGAGCUUGGAUGUGUACUAUCGUGGUGUCAUGGGAACGUGUUCAUUGUUCGGGAGGCCACUUUUAAAGGUGUACCUGGAGCACUACAACAGGAACAGGAGGAUGAUGGAGGCCAGGUGCUCUCACUUGGCUCACCUUUUCCACAUGGGCCUCAUGACGUUGAUGGCCUACACUGCCAUCAGCGAAGACGAUGAGGAGGAAGUCCAGGUGAAAUGGACCCCGAGGGUCCACGAGAUUCAAAAGAAGAUGCAAGAAGUGCUAGAACAGUGUGACAAGUGUGACUAAUACCAAAUGCACUGAAAUAAUGUUAAAAACAUAGUCAUAUGAUUUUCUGAAGGUUUGUAAUCAAGAAAGCAAUCAAAGAAGCCAAAAUCAGUCACAUGUAUGUGUAAUGAGGAAUGAUCUUUUCCUUAGCCACUUUUCCUGUGGUUGUGGUUUUUCCUGUGCAGUUGCAUUCUGUUUCUAUAGCACUUAAAAAUCCCCCAAUCUUCUUUUUUGUAUGCAAAAUAUUAAGAAUGAUUUAAAAAUACUUAAAAUAUUUUAUUGUGGAUGAAUGUAUGGGAAAGCUGGAAUCUGCAUCAUUGCAUAUUUGUGUUAUAUAGUUGAGGUUAAUUUUACAAUUCUUUGCAACUGUGGACCAUGAUAUUUGACUUGUUUGCACAAAAAUAAAUGCCUUUUUCAAGUCAUAUUCA